UUUUUAUAGCUCUAAAAUGGAUUUCUCAAAGAAUAUAAUAAACAGUGGGAAUAAUAAAAAGCCAGGUGCUCCUGCCCCUCCAGCUAGAAAAGGAAGGCAACUUAAUAAAAUUCCUGCAGCUGGUGGAAAGAGACUGGGUGGCAGCCCUGACCGUAUCAAUACUCUGACUGGAAUGAAGAUGAAAGAAGAAAGGAAAGGAGGUAGAGGUGGUAGAGGAGGUAGAGGUGGUAGAGGAGGCAGAGGAGGCACUCGUACUAUGAGAGGAGGAAGCAACACUCAAGUUAUUCACAAGCCAAGAAAGCCUGCUAAGAAAGCUGGAGGACAGAAAGCGAAGCCUGCAAAAUUUGAAGAGACAAAAAUUCAGAGUUCAGUAAAUGGUCAAAUGGUUGGGAGUAAUACAGAUCAUUCUAAAUGGAGAUGCAAGACCUGAAAAUUCCUUAACGAUAUCUGAGAAGAGAAGUGCUCUAGAUGUAAAGAAGACAAGCAAGUCUUCAAAGAAAAAUCUGUCUUUGGAGGUGCCAAUGCAAAGAGAAGAACUGUAGAAAGAGGUAGUGGAGUUAAGCCUGCCAGAAAUCUUAAGAAAGAUGAAGAGCAGAAGCAACCAGGAAUGAGAUCAGGAGCUUCAAAUGUUGGUGGAUUUCAGACCAAGAUCAGGACUGUCGGAGAGAUGAAUUAUGACAAUUCUUCAAGACCUGGGGAACAGAAAGUUGGCAGAAUUGAUAACUCUAUGACUACAGUUGAAAAACUUCAGAAAAUAGCGAUGAAUAGUGAUAAGUUAGACACAAUGCCAUGCAUGCAAAAAGCAAAAGAUAGAAGGCGUGUAGAGGAUCUAAGAGACCCAGCAAAGUUCAACAUGGGAACAUUCGACACAGAAUAA